GAGUUUCAAGGAUCUCAUCAAUCUGGUGACACUGGUAACUAUACUUUUUAGUUUCGGCCCAAAGAAUUACUACGGAGCAAAAAACAGACCAUCCAUGGAAGAAGACAUGGAGUUCGAGCAACAACUUAAGAUUCUCAAUAAACCUCCUAUCAAGACUAUCCAGACAAAAUUUGGGGACACAUACGAUUGUAUAAACAUAUACAAACAACCUGCCUUCGAUCAUCCAUUGCUUAAGAAUCACAAAAUCCAGAUGAAGCCGAAUUUGGUGCUUAAAGAAGAAAAAAUUAAUGAAUCAGCUUCCGGUAGGUUUUCGUCAACACAUUUUGAGAUAUCUGACAAUGAAAGGUGUCCAAUGGGAACUGUCCCCAUCCGAAGAACCAAAAAAGAAGAACUAGUGAAUGCAAAAUACUUCUCUAAAUGGGUCCAAACAUAUAGUAGUAAAAGAUCAACCAAUUACGUGCGAAUGCCUCAACAUUACGUGUACGCUUCGCCAUCUGACAAAAAGAUAUACCAUGGAGCAUUAGCUAGAAUUAGUACGCAAAACCCACUUGUUGAUUCGGAUAAAUUCAGUACGGCUCAAAUUUGGAUACAAAAUGGUCCGGACGAAGAUAUUAAUAGUAUAGAGUUUGGAUGGGCAGUACACCCUGCACUAUUUGGUGACAGUCAAACUCGAUCUUUUGGUUUCUGGACGGCCGAUGGGUUUAGAAGAACAGGAUGCUAUAAUAUGCUUUGUCCAGGAUUUGUCCAAAUCGAUCCUGCCUACACUCUCGGAGAGGUUCUUAGAAUAUCAGUGGACAUACAAAAUCCGUUGUACAUGCAUUUUCAAGUGCAGCAGGACCUCAAAACUGGGAAUUGGUGGUUAUUCGAUGGUCCAGAUUAUUCACCAAUAGGGUACUGGCCGAAAGAAAUCUUUACUCAUCUAGCAAACAAUGCAUCUGAAAUUAAAUACGGCGGGGUUGCAGGAAGAAAAGUACCAACGGAACCAACUCCACCAAUGGGAAAUGGGAAGUUACCGACUUUAGAAUUUGGAACCUCAUGUAUGAUGUCAACGAUGGAGAUAGUGAACGAUAAUGGAAAACUUGAACAAGUGAACUCAUCGAAGUUGGAACUGAAGGGAAGUACGACCUUUAACUGCUACGAUACCCUGCUUCCACAGUAUUUUAAUAGUUCUUAUGGGACAGUAAUGUUUUUUGGAGGACCUGGCGGGAAUUGCCCAUAACUAUCAUCUAUUGUAAUAACCAAACAUGGGUAUGAUCUUUACUAACAAUAAAAGACCCAUAU